GGAAGGAUUCUGUGUGGUUUCCGCCGUAUGCUGUAGUCGUCGUUGACGGACCGACCAUCCUUCCGCCGCCUUUCGCCGCCUGUCGCCGCCGCUACGAUAGCGGUGGUGGUCGGUCGAUCACCGCGGCUUUUGGCUUGCUGUUUGUUGCGCAAUCAUCUCAAGUCGUGUGUGUUUGUUUGUCUCUCUCUCUCUCUCUGUCUUCGCCGCUCGGUCUUCCGUCUUCUCCAUCGCCGAAAAUGGUGACCUUUCUGUUCACCUCGGAGUCCGUCAAUGAGGGGCACCCGGACAAGCUGUGCGACCAGGUGUCCGACGCCAUCUUGGAUGCCUGUCUCGAACAAGAUCCCGAGAGCAAGGUGGCAUGUGAGACUUGCACGAAGACGGGCAUGGUGAUGGUGUUCGGCGAGAUCACGACGAGAGCGAACGUUGAUUACGAGAAGAUUGUACGGGAGACAUGCCGCGGCAUCGGCUUCACGGCAGAGGAGGUGGGCUUGAACUGCGACACGUGCAAGGUCCUGGUGCACAUCGAAGAACAGAGUCCUGAUAUCGGCCAAGGCGUGCACGGAAUGGGCACAAAGAGGCCAGAAGAGAUCGGUGCGGGCGACCAGGGUAUCAUGUUCGGUUAUGCAACGGACGAGACCCCCGAGCUGAUGCCUUUGACUCACGUGCUUUCGACGAAAAUUGGCGCGCGAUUGACAGAAGUGAGGAAGAACGGAACUUUGAAGUGGCUUCGACCUGACGGCAAGACCCAGGUCACAGUCGAGUACAAGAAGCACCAGAAUGGCGCAUUGGAGCCGAUUCGUGUGCACACCAUUCUGAUCUCUACGCAGCACGACGAGACGGUGUCGAACGACCAGAUUGCCGCCGAUCUUCGUGAGCACGUCAUCAAGGCCGUCGUUCCCGCCAAGUACCUUGAUGAGAAUACCAUCUUCCACCUCAAUCCCUCAGGCAGGUUCGUGAUCGGAGGACCGCACGGAGACGCCGGGCUGACCGGUCGCAAGAUCAUCAUCGAUACCUACGGCGGCUGGGGUGCCCACGGCGGCGGCGCUUUUAGCGGCAAAGACCCGACGAAAGUGGACAGAAGCGGAGCGUACAUCGUACGCCAGGCGGCGAAGAGCGUCGUCGCUGCCGGACUUGCGCGCCGCUGUCUAGUCCAGGUCUCUUAUGCCAUCGGAGUAGCUGAGCCUCUGUCCGUAUUCGUUGAUACGUACGGAACAGGUAAGGUAUCUGACGAGGAGAUUCUUAACCUAAUCAAGGAGAAUUUCGAUUUCAGACCUGGAAUGAUCAUUCAAGCUCUCGACUUGCAGCGGGGAGGGAACAAGAGGUUCCAGAAGACGGCGGCGUACGGACACUUCGGUCGUGAGGAUCCUGAUUUCACUUGGGAAGUCGUGAAGCCCCUUGUGAAGACUGUGGUUGAACGAUUGAUUGAUUGAUUGAUUGAUUGGUUAAGUUAUUAUGAAAGACGCUGGAGCCAGCAGCAGCAGCAGCAGCAGCAGCAGUUGGCCUUCUGUCGCACUGUCGUUAAUUGGUUCGUUGAUUUAUUCGUUCAGUCCAUGAUAUGUACUACCUUCACCUUGAUUGUUUGAGCGCGAUACGAGUUUUCCCUUACGCCGCCUGAAGUCAAGACAAGGGGAUUUUCCUAUGCUUGAGCUAUAUGGAGGCGGACUUUGGUGUUUAACUUACUUCGUGCAUAUUUUUGCGUCGCGCAUAGUUUACUUGUCGUUGUUGUUCGGAUUUUUUUUUCUCUCUUUCUGCUUGGAUUUCUCUUUUCUCUUUCGCUAAGUUAUUUCUUCUUUGCACGAUGUUUCUUGUCUUUGUUGAGUACUUUCGAAAGGCGAGGAUCACGUGAAAGAAGUAGAGGCCGCACACGGCGGAAAACGGUGGAUAACGGCAGAAAACGACUUUUUAGAGAUUUCUUUUCUUACCGUAUGUGUGUUUCUUCUCCUUUUGUUAUUUUCUGCUCUUUAACUUCAGCAUUUGCCUAGGGCAGUUGCUGUCUCUGGGGUAAGCAAGCUCGUAGUUAAGAGGAUUUUGUCGAUGUCUGCUCGUCGUCGAUUUUUGGAACGGAUGGAUUGAAAAAUGAUCAUUUCUUUUUGUCAAUUUGGCACCUCGUCCGACAGUUAUCCUUCUCUUUCCGUUGCCUGUUCCGUACAUUGACUAAUUUUCUUCUUGAAAAUUGCCUUCUUUCUUUCGCCGAUGAAUUGAUGACGAAUCCGGGUCCUGAUUCAGAUAAACAGAUUGAAAUUUAGACCUGGUACUACUCCUGCUGCGCUUUCUCAUAAUGAGCAUUCGAACUGGACUCUAGAUUCCGGGUCCAUAUUCUGCACGCUUUCGCGCUUUUAGGGUUUCCUACUCCGGCGGAGGCGGCGGAAGUGGCGGCGGAGGCGGCUGAAAGUGGCGACGGCAGUCUUCGUUCCUCCGGAGUACAGGAGACGGAAGGAGAAAGGAAGGUGUUGGUAACUCUUAUCACGGCUGUGUAUUCAGCAUUCACAGGAAUUGAACCUGUGACGUGUAUUCAGCAUUCACAGGAAUCGAGAGGAGCUUUCAAAAUAAUGACAGAUUCGAUGAUGGAGAUGUACUCUUGCGUAUGUUCCCACCCGAGGAAAUAAAUUGAAAGCUCGCCUGUCCCUCUAUGAGAGGGGGUUUGUAUGAAAUAAUCUUUCAAUGUUCGUAUUUUUUGUCGAAGGUCGUCAAUUUUCGUCGAGUUUCGUCUAUUUUCUUGUCAAUUCUCGUCAACAAUUUUGUCUAUUUACGUUUUUUUUACUAUAUGACACUGUAGCCCUAUUUAGUUUUUUUUUUUACUUCUUUUUAACGUUCGUGCUUUCGUUCAAAGGUGAGAAAACAGGCGCGUGGUUUCGCUACCGUGCGUCUUCACCUGAAUCGGGUCAUCUUGCGGUCUAGAUACCGCCGCCGCGGCAAUGACCUUUUGCGUUUUCGUCGGGCGAAGAUGGAUGCAGUGUUGCUUUGUGCUGUUUGUUUUAUUAUUAUUAUUUUUUAAUUACUAAACUGAUCAGAAAGGUAUCUGUUUGUAUUUUCAGCUGCGUGCUUUAUCUCAUGGGAGGGGAAACCGAAAGAAAACAUGUUCGUGGUUGUGUUAUACCGUCUUCAAAUGAAUCAGGUCGACUUUC